CCGUCCGGCCCGGGGUGGGGGCGGGGGGGGCGCGGCCGAGGGGGCGGGGCGCCCCCUCUCUCCCGGCAGCCCGGGGGCCCGGCCCGCAGCGCACAGGAAUGGCCCCGAGGCCGCCGGCGGUCGCGCCCCAGAAGUCCGUGACGUUCAACGAUGUGGCCGUGGACUUUACCCAGGAGGAGUGGGACCACGUGGCCCCCGAGCAGAGGCGCCUGUACAGGGAAGUCAUGCUGGAGAACUACAGCCACCUGGUUGCGCUUGGAUACCAAGUUUCCAAGCCAGCCAUCAUCUACAGAUUGGAGCAAGGAGAAGCGCCGUGGAUGCCUGAGAAGGAAAUCCAAAGAUCUUUCUGUCCAGACCGGAAGGCCAGACCCGAAGCCAAAUCCUCAGAUCAGCAGCAGAGCAUAUUUGGGAUAUCCUGUAGUGCAGGCGAGCCGGUGGAGAGAAAUGCUUGGACCGUUCCUAGCCAGUUAGAGAGGCGCCCGGAAAGCUGGAACUGGUGUCUGGGGCCAGUUGCAUCCACCCGGAAGAUCAUCACUCCAGAGGGAAAUCUGGAACACGGUGAAAACGGUGAAAACUCGACAUCGAACACCCCUUCCGAGUCUGCUGAGCGUGGAACACUUGGCAACAGCCUGGCCCAUCACUCAGACCCGCCCAACCCGGAUAACAGCCUUGCCAAGAAGAAACCUUACAAGUGUAACAAGUGCAGGAAAGCCUUCAUUCACCGGUCCUCGCUCACCAAGCACGAGAAGACUCACAAGGGAGAGGAAGCCCUCUCCCACGGGGCGGACCAGGGGCUUUAUCCCGGCAAGAAGCACCACGAGUGCACGGACUGCGGGAAGACCUUCCUGUGGAAGACCCAGCUCACCGAGCACCAGCGGAUCCACACCGGGGAGAAGCCCUUCGAGUGCGCCGUGUGCGGGAAGGCCUUCCGCCACAGCUCGUCGCUGGGCCAGCACGAGAACGCGCACACGGGCGAGAAGCCGUACCGCUGCAGCCUGUGCGGGAAGGCGUUCCAGCGCAGCUCGUCGCUGGUGCAGCACCAGCGCAUCCACACGGGCGAGAAGCCCUACCGCUGCAACCUGUGCGGCAGGUCCUUCCGGCACGGCACGUCGCUCACGCAGCACGAGGUCACGCACAGCGGCGAGAAGCCCUUCGAGUGCAAGGAGUGCGGCAAGGCCUUCAGCCGCUGCUCCUCGCUCGUGCAGCACGAGCGCACGCACACCGGGGAGAAGCCGUUCGAGUGCAGCAUCUGCGGCCGGGCCUUCGGCCAGAGCCCGUCGCUCUACAAGCACAUGCGGAUCCACAAGCGAGGCAAGCCGUACCAGAGCCUGGGCUUCGGCCUGGACCUGAGGCACGACCCGUCCCCGGUGCAAGACGGAGGCCCCGGCACCGACUGCACCAAAGCCAGCGGCGACCGCGGGGACGACGCCAGCCCCGCCACCGACGCGCCCGCCCCCCCGAACGGCCUGCCCGGGCCGGGCCCUCCGGACGGCGAGCCCCCCGCGUGCAGCCAGCCCCCCGCGGCCCACCCUGGGGAGAAGCCGUACCAGUGCAACGUGUGCGGCAAAGCUUUCAAACGCAGCACGAGCUUCAUCGAGCACCACCGCAUCCACACCGGGGAGAAGCCCUACGAGUGCAACGAGUGCGGGGAGGCCUUCAGCCGGCGCUCGUCGCUCACGCAGCACGAGCGGACGCACACGGGCGAGAAGCCCUACGAGUGCAUCGACUGCGGCAAGGCCUUCAGCCAGAGCUCGUCCCUCAUCCAGCACGAGCGGACGCACACCGGCGAGAAGCCCUACGAGUGCGGCCAGUGCGGCCGCGCCUUCCGCAAGAAGACCAACCUGCACGACCACCAGCGCAUCCACACCGGCGAGAAGCCCUACGCCUGCAAGGAGUGCGGGAAGAACUUCAGCCGCAGCUCGGCCCUGACGAAGCACCAGAGAAUUCAUGCCCGGAACAAACCCUAGGGACCUGGAAGUGAGCGAGCGUCUUCUGAGCGGAGCGAGCGCUUAAGGUGCAUGUGAGUGUGUGUGUGUGUGUGUGUGUGUGUGUUGUAUGAGGAGGGAUCUCUGCUGGUUGAGGCAGUGUGGGCUUUUAAAAGUGAAUGCCACAUUCGCCAAUCUGAUUAUAGACUUUUAUAAAGAUUAUUAAAGAAUUACAGACGUUGUGUAUAACCAGCUGGAAAUGGUAUGCCUAUAUAUUAAACUUUAUAAAUCUUCUAAGUUGUGUGUGUGUGUGUGUGUGUGUGUAGGAAAUCACCUACUCUGAAAAGUUGGACGUGUGACUCUGUUUACAGCCUUUUUUUCAAAACAAAACCUACAGUAAUGACCAAAUCUCAUUUUGAAAGUUGCUUGACAAUUGCAUUCACCUGCAACUCUUAGAUCAAACUGACCUUGGAACCAUCUCCACCUCCUGGAAUUCACUCAAGGAAUGAGAGCAGCUGGUCCCACCACUUCAUUGUACAGAUGAAGAAACUCAAAGCCAAAGAUGUGAAGUGGUUUGCACCGAGCGAUGCAGCUUCGAAUGACAAAACUGGGGGACAGUGCAGGUUCCUGUACUCUCGGCUUUGUGAUGCUCUUAAAUAAAUUAUAUAAACUAAACUAUGUGCAGGCACUUAAUGAAUGCUGCUGAGAACUUUGGGGAGUUUGUGAAAACAUCAGAGGCAGCAAAGCGUAUGCAAAUUUCUCACAAAUUCAUUUCAAACAACUGUGUCGGAAACUCAUAAACCAAAAUGUUCACAGAAACUAUAAAUGACUGAACUGGUAAGGUUUUUUACUCUUACUAAGCAGUCUGAUUAUACUUUGAGUUGACAUAUACCAAUUCCCUUAGAAAUACUAAAUCCUCUCUUUG